AUGGCGAAUCCCUCUCUGAGCGCCACCUUGCCUGUGGGAGCCAAGCACCAGCAGCCUGAGGUCCUCUUGGGCUCUGGGCAGCCGACCAAGGGUGCCGUGUGUGUCUCUGCAGGUGAGGACUCCAUCAGCACCCUGGGCCUGAUCCUUGGCGUGGGGCUCUCGCUGCUGCUCGUGUCCGUCCUGGGCUACAGCCUGGCCAAGUGGUACCAGCGUGGGUACUGCUGGGAGGGGCCUAAUUUUGUCUUCAACUUGUAUCAGAUCCGGAACCUGAAGGAGCCGGAGGCGGGUCCACCCUUCACCAUCAGUGGCCACGUCAGCAGUUCAGAUGGCGGCUACGUGAAGUUCUCCGACAGGCUAGUCUGAUGGGGGAGUGUCAGCCUCUGGAGCCCCGGAGAGGUGAGUGGAAGGUUGGCGAGCUCCUGGGUGAAUCUCCUGUCCUGGUCAGGUCCACAGGUGGUCGAGACACCCAAGCACUGCUCGGAAAUCAAGAGCUGAUUCUCUUCAUCCCUCCCCACUUCUUGAGGGGUGGGGUCUCUGGGAGGUGGCCUCAGGAACCGAGGCCUAGCGUCACACUGUCCCCACCACCUGCCAACACCAGACAACUCCUUUCCACCUGUGCAUUCAACCCGUGUCCUGCCUUCCCUUCCUGGGGAGGUUCUGUUUCUAAUCAGAUGGCAGCUUCUAGAGUCAGGCUUUCUGUCUCAACUCUUUGCUCUGAGCCAAAGGUUCUAGAUGGUCACUCUUUCCAAGAAGCAUCGCUCCAGAGUGUCAUUUCUGAACUGAAUGCCUAGGAGCCAUCUCUGCUUCGUAGCUGGCUGGCCCUUGGGUCACAUCUUCCCUCCGCCUGCCUUCAGGCCCCUCCCCCUCCACAUCGCAGUUGCUUUUUCCCAUCCACCUUCUCCCUCGAGUAGUUCCUCAUGGACCCUCCCCCACUUUUUCUCUCAGCUUCUCUUCCUGCCUGGGAAAAACCUCGCCUGAUGCAGUGGUUUAGAGGGAUUCUUUCCAAGCCUCAUCUCUUUGUUGCUCUCCCUUUGCUUUUUCUGCAGGAGGAGGC